AUGAAAAUUACAAAAGAAUUAAAUAAUUCUUCAAAUAUUUCUAUUCAACAAAAUUCACAACCGUUCAUUAAUGAUAUUUCAAUUAUUUCGUCAAUAAAACCAAAAUUCAACAAAUGGAAACAAAAUGCCAUCACUGUGGCUGCUGGAAAUGGACAAGGGCAAAAAUUAAAUCAACUCAAUUGCCCCGAAGCAAUCUUUAUUGAUAAAAACAAAAAUAUUUUCAUCGCUGAUUCAUCUAAUAAUCGUGUCGUUGAAUGGAAAUAUAAUGCAAAAGAAGGACAAAUUAUUGCAGGUGGAUAUGGCAAAGGAAAUCGAAUAGAUCAACUGAAUGAGCCAACAGAUCUGAUUGUUGAUCAACAAAAUCAUUCGAUCAUCGUUGCUGAUUCUGAGAAUAGAAGAGUGAUUCAAUGGUCGAAACAGAAUCAACAAAUUCUAAUCGAUAAUAUUGACUGUUGUGGAUUGGCAAUGGAUAAAAAUAGAUUUCUUUAUGUUUCUGAUUAUAAGAAGAAUGAAGUGAGACGAUGGAAAAUGGAAGAAUAUAAAAAUGAAGGAAUUGUAGUAGCAGGUGGAAAUGGACAAGGAAAUAAAUUCAAUCAGCUCUAUUCUCCAGGUUUUAUCUUUGUGGAUGCCGCUCAAUCUAUUUAUGUAUCAGAUGUGAACAAUCAUCGUGUAAUGAAAUGGGAAAAAGAUGCAAAAGAAGGCAGAAUUGUGGCUGGAGGAAAUGGUCAAGGAGGAAAUCUCAAUCAAUUGUAUUAUGCUCAAGGAGUCAUUGUUAAUGAUUUAGGUCAAAUCUAUGUGGCAGAUUAUCAGAAUCAUCGAGUCAUGCGUUGGUGUGAAGGAAAAGAAGAAGGUGAAAUUGUUGUUGGUGGAAAUAAUCGAGGAAAUCAAUUGAAUGGCCCCUGUGGCUUAUCUUUUGAUGACGAAGGAAAUCUUUAUGUUGCUGAUUUUUCGAAUCAUCGAAUUCAAAAAUUUGAAAUAGUUUUGUGA